AUGGCCAGGCUGCUGAAGUUACGGCAGGGGUUUCUUUUUCUCCUUGAUGGCUAUAAUGAAUUCAAGGCCCAGAACUGCCCAGAGAUUGAAGCCCUGAUAAAGGAAAACCACCGCUUCAAGAAUAUGGUUAUCGUCACCACCACCACAGAGAGCCUGAGGCACAUCCGGCAGUUUGGGGCACUGAUUGCCGAGGUGGGGGAUAUGACUGAGAGCAGUGCCCAGACUCUUAUCCAGGAAGUGCUGAGAAAGGAGUUCGCUGAAGGUGUGUUGCUCCAAAUUCAGAAAUCCAGGUGCCUGAGGAAUCUGAUGAAGACCCCUCUGUUUGUGGUCAUCACUUGUGCAAUUCAGAUGGGGAAAAGUGAGUUCCACUCUCACACACAAGCCAUGCUGUUCUGUGCCUUCUAUGAUCUGCUAAUAAAUAAAAACAGGCAUAAACGUAAAGGGCUGGCUCCAAGUGAAGUCACUCAGAGCUUGGACCACUGUGGAGACCUAGCUCUGGAGGGUGUAUUCUCCCGCAGGUUUGAUUUCGAACCAGAUGACUUGUCCAAUGUGAACGAGGAUGUCCUGCUGACAACAGGACUCCUCUGUAAAUACACAGCUCAACGGUUCAAGCCAAAGUAUAAAUUCUUUCAUCAAUCAUUCCAGGAGUACACCGCAGGACGCAGACUCAGCAGUUUACUGACAUCUGGAGAACCAGCGGAGGUGACCAAGGGGAAUGGUCACCUGCAGAAAAUGGUUUCCAUUUCAGACAUUACAUCCAAGUACAGCAACCUGCUCCUAUACACGUGCGGCUCAUCUGCCGAAGCCACCCGGACUGUUCUGAAACACUUGUCAGCAGUGUAUCAACAUGGCAGUCCCCUUGGACUUUCCGUCACCAAGAGGCCUCUCUGGAGGCAGGAAUCUAUGCAAAAUACGAAAAGCACUACUGUGCAAGAAAUUCUGAAAGCCAUAAACAUCAAUUCCUUUACAGAGUGUGGAAUCAACUUAUUCCAUGAGAGUAUAUCCACAUCUAGCCUGAGCAAAGAAUUUGAAGGUUUCUUUCAUGGUAAAAGCUUAUAUAUCAACUCAGAGAAUAUCCCUGACUACUUAUUUGACUUCUUUGAAGAUUUGCCUAACUGUGCAAGUGCUCUGGAUUUUGUUAAACUGGACUUCUAUGCGGGGGCUGUGGCUUCGUGGGACAAGACCACAGAAGACAUAAGCAGGACCCAGGAUCAAGAGUUCUCAGGAACCUACAUUCCCAGCAGGGCUGUGUCUUUGUUCUUCAACUGGAAGCAGGAGUUCAAGACCUUGGAAGUCACACUCCGGGAUUUCUGCAAGUUGAGUAAGAAAGAUAUCAAAAAUCUGGAGAAAAUAUUCAGCUCAGCUAAAAGCCUCAGGUUGCACAUUAAGAGAUGUGUCGGAAUGGCUGGAAGCCUCAGUUCAGUCCUCAGCACCUGUGAGAACAUUCAUUCCCUCAUAGUGGAAGCCAGUCCCCUCACCCUAGAAGACGAGCAGCAUAUCACAUCUGUGACAAACCUGCAGACCUUGGGUGUUCAUGACCUACAGGUUCAACGGCCGCCAGGUAUUAUGAACACCAGCAGUUUAACCUAUAAUCCAACCUGGUUACUUACUGCAGAAUUUAGCUAUCAUUUGUUUUGCUUGAAAUUUUCCAAUAGUUUCGACCAGGAGUCAGGACUUAGAAGGGAAGUGGGAGGGCUUGGGAGAGAGUUCCUUGCUGGGGGAAGGCUGUCAGGUCGGGAGGCCCUAGGGUAG